AUGUCUCUCCCAGACUACGAGCCGUCAAGCUGGACUACGUCCUCAAACGAGGCGCUCAACGUGUCGCUAGCGGAGCCAGAGGGUGCGUUCACGUUCAAUCCCACGUUCACAUACCCGAUCUUUGGGGACUCCGAACAGAUCUUUGGGUACAAAGGCCUGCGGAUCGACCUUGCCUUUGACUGCCGGUCGAUGUUCCCAUUUCUCGGCGUCAAGUACGAGUCUAAACUGUCUGAAGACGUGAAGGACGUCGAGAAGACGCUGCUGGAGUUUCUUCCCGAGGAAACGGUAGUCAAGGACGAGGCAUUGUGGCUAAACAAGACUGAACAGGAAAAUUUCGAAAUCCCUGGCAAGCCCGUGUACACGUACCAAAUCGACGGCGAAACAUACAAGAUCUUCAAGUUCAAGCUCAGCGACCCCAGUGGGCUGAAAUUGCACCUGCGAAUCCAAAUCUUCGUCCUGCUGUUCAUCGAGGCUGGCUCCUACAUCGACAGCACCGACAACGUCUGGGAGAUCUACGCGAUUUACAAGUGUCCGGAGGGUAAAAAAGAGUCCUUUGUCGGGUUCAGCACAGCCUAUUCCCACUGGAAACAUCCGGGAUCGGCAGUCCACGACGCAUCAGAGACUCUCGAGUUGCAAUUCCGCAAGAAAAUCAGCCAGUUUAUCGUGCUUCCUCCGUACCAAUCCAAUGGCCACGGAAAAAACCUAUACAAUUGCAUGGUGGACGAGUGGCUCGCAGACGACAAGGUCAAGGAAAUCACCGUGGAGGAUCCGAGCGAGGCGUUUGACGACCUGCGCGACCGCUGUGACCUGCAGCGACUGAACAGGACAGACUUUCUUCACGGUGUCAAGCUGCCAAUCGAGGAGUCCUGGAUUGAGAAACAGGUUGCUGUGCACAAAAUGGACCGCAGACAGUUCGAGAGAUGCGUAGAAAUGACUUUGUUGUGGAUGUUGCAGAACAAAAAGGGCGGUGUUGAGAACCUGAGCGAAAAGAACAUGCGUUUGCAGAUCAAGAAGAGACUGUAUUUGAAGAACAGAGACGCUUUGAGCGAGCUGGAAAAGGCAGACAAGAUGGACAAACUGCAGACGGCGUACGAGCGGCUGCGUGAGGACUACGAGCGGAUUUUGGAGAAGGCUGGUCUUGCGACAGGCGUCAAGAGAGAGCAGUUGCACGAGUUGCCCGAUGCAAAGCGUGCAAGGGUGUGA